AUGACUGGCGAUCAGCUUCUUCGAGAACAGUCCAAGCUCUUCCAGCCCUUGGCCAUCGCUAAUGGCAAAAUCCAACUCAGCCACCGAGUGGUUCAUGCCCCUUUGACGCGCAACCGGGGCGAGCCUUUGAAUCCGAUCAGUACGCCUGAAAAUCCCAAUCGAAUCUGGUAUCCCGGACAAUUGAUCGUCGAAUACUAUCGUCAACGCGCAACCCCAGGGGGUCUGAUAAUUUCCGAGGGCAUUCCCCCAUCGCUUGAGAGCAAUGGCAUGCCAGGUGUCCCCGGUCUAUUCACCCAGAAGCAAGCCGCAGGAUGGAAAGCCGUGGUUGAUGCUGUCCACGCGAAAGGCGGAUAUAUUUACUGCCAGCUCUGGCACGCCGGCCGUGCCACUAUCCCUCAGAUGACCGGAUCGCCCGCUGUCUGUCCCUCCGCCAGCGUCUGGGACUCGCCCACAGAGUGUUACUCCCACCCCCCGGUGGGCUCGACCGAGCCAGUGCGCUACGCAGACUACCCGCCCAUUGAACUGAGCAUUCCCCACACCAAGCAGACCAUCCGAGAUUAUUGCGACGCCGCUAAGACCGCAAUGGAUAUUGGGUUUGAUGGAGUCGAGGUCCACGGUGGAAAUGGAUACCUUCCCGAGCAGUUCUUGAGCUCGAACAUCAACAAGCGCAGUGAUGCGUAUGGUGGCACUCCUGAGAAGCGUUGCCGCUUUGUGCUCGAGUUAAUGGACGAGCUCGCGCAGACGAUUGGUGAGGAGAACCUCGCCAUCCGUCUCUCGCCGUUUGGUCUAUUCAACCAGGCGCGCGGCGAGCAGCGCAUGGAGACCUGGACCUUCUUGUGUGAAUCGCUGAAACAGGCCCUUCCCAACCUCUCAUAUGUCAGCUUUAUUGAGCCGAGAUACGAACAGAUCUUCUCCAUAGACGAGAAAGACACCUUUCUCCAGAGCUGGGGUCUCUGCAACGUCGACCUCUCCUCCUUCCGCCGAAUUUUCGGCUCCACACCUUUCUUCUCCGCUGGCGGAUGGGACCAGACCAAUUCGUGGGGGGUGCUGGAAUCUGGCCGGUACGACGCCCUGCUGUAUGGACGGUACUUCACGAGUAACCCGGACCUGGUGGAGAGGUUGCGCAAGGGUAUCCCCCUCACGCUGUACGAUCGCAGUCGGUUUUAUGGGCCGUUUGAAGACAACAGAAUCUGUUAUGCGGACUAUGAGCCGGCUCAGGGCCACGACGAGGCAGAGGUCCGCGGACGGCUGUGA